AUGGCUGUAGAGGAACUUGCGUUAAUGUUCAGCUGUCUUGAAGUGCAGUAUGCUUCAAUCUCUACGCACCUGUACACACAAACAGAAGCGGUUAAUCAGGUUCUAUCCUUAGGGGCUGAUGUUCUACCAGAAUAUAAACUCCAAACACCUCGCAUCAACAAGUUUACUAUAUUGCACUAUAGUCCUUUUAAAGCUGUCUGGGACUGGCUUAUUUUGUUGCUGGUAAUAUACACUGCCGUAUUCACCCCUUAUUCUGCUGCCUUCCUUCUGAAUGAUAGCGAGGAACGGAAGAGAAGAGAGUGUGGAUAUUCUUGCAGUCCACUGAAUGUUGUAGACUUAAUUGUGGAUAUUAUGUUUAUCAUUGACAUUCUAAUCAACUUCAGAACAACAUAUGUAAACCAGAAUGAAGAAGUGGUAAGUGACCCAGCAAAAAUAGCAAUUCACUACUUCAAAGGCUGGUUCCUAAUUGACAUGGUUGCUGCAAUACCUUUUGACCUGCUGAUUUUUGGCUCUGGCUCUGAAGAGACGACAACAUUAAUAGGUCUUCUGAAGACAGCUAGACUGCUGCGUUUGGUGAGGGUAGCACGGAAAUUGGACAGAUAUUCAGAAUACGGUGCUGCCGUUCUGAUGCUCCUUAUGUGCAUAUUUGCACUAAUUGCACACUGGCUUGCUUGUAUUUGGUAUGCCAUUGGAAAUGUAGAAAGACCUUACUUGGCUCAUAAGAUUGGCUGGCUGGAUUCUUUAGGAGAGCAAUUAGGAAAACACUACAAUAAGAGUGAUGCAAGUUCUGGACCAUCCAUCAAGGACAAAUAUGUUACAGCACUUUAUUUUACAUUCAGCAGUCUGACAAGUGUAGGAUUUGGAAAUGUUUCUCCAAACACCAACUCAGAGAAAAUCUUUUCCAUCUGUGUCAUGUUGAUUGGCUCAUUAAUGUAUGCGAGUAUUUUUGGAAACGUAUCUGCAAUAAUCCAAAGACUCUAUUCGGGAACUGCACGAUAUCACAUGCAGAUGUUGCGAGUAAAGGAGUUUAUACGCUUUCACCAAAUCCCUAAUCCUCUACGGCAGCGACUUGAGGAAUACUUCCAGCAUGCAUGGACAUACACCAAUGGCAUUGACAUGAACAUGGUCCUGAAGGGUUUUCCAGAAUGCUUACAAGCUGACAUUUGCCUGCACCUCAACCAAAAUUUGCUUCAGAACUGCAAAGCUUUCCGGGGGGCCAGUAAAGGCUGUCUUCGAGCUUUGGCUAUGAAAUUUAAGACAACACAUGCUCCUCCUGGAGACACUUUAGUGCACUGUGGAGAUGUUCUCACUGCUCUUUACUUCGUGUCAAGAGGCUCCAUUGAAAUUCUUAAGAGUGACAUUGUUGUAGCCAUUCUUGGAAAAAAUGAUAUUUUUGGAGAGAUGGUACAUCUUUAUGCAAAACCAGGAAAGUCAAAUGCAGACGUGAGAGCUUUGACAUACUGUGACUUGCAUAAGAUCCAGCGAGAAGAUCUACUAGAAGUUUUGGAUAUGUAUCCUGAAUUUUCUGAUCUUUUCCUCACGAAUCUAGAACUGACAUUUAAUCUGAGAGAUGAAACUGCAAAGUCUGACAUCGUAAUAAGAUCACAAACUACUAAUGAUACAAAUGGAGAUAACUGCAAACUACGAAGACGGAAAUUGUCCUUUCAAAGUGAAAUAGAAAAAGGGUCUACCUUCAUCUGCAACACCCACAUAAUUCCAGUGAAAAAUCAAGAGGGAGUAGCAAUGAUGUUUAUUAUUAACUUUGAGUAUGUAACAGAUGAAGAGAACAUUGCAUCUCCUGAGAAGUGCAAUCCAAUAUUGCCAUCCAAACUUGUAAAUCAUGGUAACAACCUUUCGAGUGGUUCUUCUUCAGGCAAACUUUUUGGGUUCCGGUUACCUGGAUUGAGACUUCUAACAUACAGAAAACAGUCCUUACCACAAGAGGAUCCCGAUGCAGUGAUAAUCGACUCAUCUAAGCACAGCGAUGACUCAGUGGCUCUGAAGCACUUUAAAUCACCUACAAAAGAAAGUUGUAGUCCUUCAGAAGUGGAUGACACAAAAGCACUGAUUCAACCAAGUAAAUGUUCACCUAUGGUUAAUAUAUCAGGACCUCUCGACCAUUCAUCACCUAAACAGCAAUGGGACAGACUUUACCCAGACAUGAUACAGACAAGCAAUCCACUAACCCAUUCCAGAUCAAAGGAAAGCAUUUGUAGCAUACGGAGAGCAUCUUCAGUACAUGACAUAGAAGGAUUUAACGUCCACGCGAAGAACAUUUUUAGGGACCGUCAUGCAAGUGAAGGACCUUUUAAUCAUAUCAAAUCAAGCCUGUUGGGAUCCACAUCGGAUUCAAAUCUCAACAAGUACAGCACAAUCAACAAAAUUCCUCAACUCACCCUGAACUUUUCAGAUAUCAAAAAUGAAAAAAAAUCUUCAUCUCCUCCUUCUUCGGAGAAAGCAAUUAUUGCACCUAAGGUGAAAGAUCGAACGCACAAUGUAACAGAGAAGGUUACCCAGAGGAAGGAAAAGCAAAAACAAAGCAUGGAGUUAUCUGAACUUAUAGGAUAUGAGAUAAUAAAGGCCAACAGAACCACAGAGUUCAAGAUGAGUUUCUUGUGUACAAAGGAGAAGAAGUAUAUUAAACAUUAA